AUGCCUGCACGAACAUCAUCACGCCAAGCCGCCCAAAAGGCCAAAGAAGCCAUCUCAAGCUCCGCCGAGCCGACUGGCAAGACUGCCAAAGGAACAAAGCGCAAAGGCUCAACCGAGGGGGCUCCAGCACCCAAGAAGGAGAAGACAACGGACAUGAAGCCAGAAGAAAAGAAGGAGGAUGAGGCACCACCUACAGUGGCAGACGCACCUCAAGAGCCGAAAGCGGAGGAGGCACCCGCCAAAACAGAGAAGCCAGCUGAAGGGACACCACCGAAGGAACAGCCUCGUGAAGGCGCCCCCGAGAAGUCCAAAGAGAUCGAGGCAGGUCUGCGCAAGUCUGAAGAGAGAGAGAAUGUUGUAUCUUCCAACAUUCUCGAGAAGGGUUUUAUCUACUUCUUCUUUCGCCCUCGCGUCAACAUCGAAGACCCUCAGAGCAUCGGCGAGGUCGCUCGAAGCUUUUUCGUUCUGCGCCCUACUCCCCUUGGAGCCGAGUUUGAUGAAAACCAAGGCUCAGUUGAUAAAGACGCCUCAUGUCGCUUGAUGAUGCUUCCCAAGAAGAAGUUCCCGACUUCAGCCAAGGAACGAGAUAUGGGAUUUGUGGAGAAAGCUGGAAAAUCCAUGAAAGAACUUCAUGAGAACUUCAUCGCUGGCACUACAUACCAGACUUCCACCCGCGGUGAGCGCCACACGGAGGACGCCAAGCCUUACGCUGAAGGUGUCUACGCGAUCACUUCCACCCCGCGGGCUUCACAUCUCGCCUAUAUCCUGACUAUUCCUGCCGAGCUGGGCGAGGUCCAGCAGGACUUCGGCCUGCAACAACGCGGGAGUUGGAUCAUUCAAUCGAAAAACCCCAAGUUCCCUGGUCCGCCGAUGGGACAACUGCCCAAAACCCCAGAGUACCCUGAUUCAGUCCUGGAAAAAUUCGGAGAUCUUCGUUGGGUACCUCUGCAGCCCGAGUUCAUGAAUUACCCCAAUGCUCAAUUUCUCAUGAUCGGCGAGGCGCAGAACGAACUUGGUAAAGCUGCAUCCUCCGAGGGAGGCAAACAACCUCACGAGGAAGAGCCAGGCCAGGAGUUGGAGAAACUCGAAGACGAAAAUGAACAUCGGGUUGAUGCUCUCAGUGGUGAUGACACCGUCUUCCAGGACCUGGGCUACGAUGCGAAGAAUUACCCGGAACUGCUCACUACUUGGAAUAGCUAG